AAUCAUAUCCUCAUUCCAACGAUUCUAGAGGGAAUCUUUUCCCUGACCCUCCAGGGGACCUCGAACCCCAGUAAGGAAACCUCACAGAGACCGGACAGGGGCAUUGAGAGACAGGGGGGCGGAACAGAUGUGUUUACUAAAGCGGAGAGGUUUGCUGCUCUUGUGUGCUCGCUGUCUGAAGACUCGGUGAGACGCACGUUGUUACAAGCUCGCACCGUGUGCAGAGUCCUCGUUGUGGAGCUGCUGGUAGUGUGAUGGGAGGAAAUUAAGUAAGUGAGAAACACUGCAGUGCCAGGAGAGACCAGUUUGGUGUUCAUGGAGCGGGGCCGGUCUGUUGUGUGGACCUGCAUGCUGGGGGCUGGACUCACCCUGGUCCUGCCUCCAGCUUCGUCCAGUACGACCUCCAAGGCCUCCCACCGACCCCCGCAGCUAAUUGGCUGUGUGUUCCAGAAUCGAGCCAAUGCCACUUGCCGCUGGGAGGCCGCAGACAUGCCGACGACGAACUACACUCUGCAAAUUCAGAAGAUGUCCGGACCUGAGCCCUUCACGACAAACAGCUCUCUGAGGACGUACAAAUGCACCACCUCUGGCACCAACUGCACAGCCAAUAUCAGCGUAUCAUCCGUGAGGUUUAUCUAUUGCAUCACCGUCACAGCGCACGGUCGUAGCCUCAACGUAUCGUCAGAUCCUCGGUGUCAGCCCGGUAGAAUUGAAGUGAUGUUGCCUCCAGUGACGUUGAACAGCGUGAGUCCAGUCGACAGGAAGCCUGAGUGUCUGAACGUUACCUGGAGCCGCACAUUGGCUGUUUUCCCCGUGGCAGACUUUGAAAUAAAAGGCGGAAAACUGAAUUCCCAAAUCGAGGUCACAGCAGUGGGGCAGCUCGAUGUCCAGGUGAACGAUGUGAAUGUGACAGACUACAGCUUCCUGGUUUGUCUCUCCAGACCCGACACUUCAUACAACGUCCGGCUCCGUCACCGCUACCAAGGCCCAGCGAGUCCCUGGAGCCCGUGGAGCAACGCACUCCAGGGACGAACAGCAGAGGACGCUCCAUCUGCAGCGCCAGCUUUCUGGAGGCAAGUGAAUGAAACAGGCAAGAAUGGCUCGAGGCUCAUCUCACUUCUUUGGAAGCCCUUGCCUCACUCACUGGCCAAUGGCAAAGUUCUCUUCUAUAAUGUGACUUGUCAGACGGACAGCGCUCAAAUUCUGAACGAUCAUAGGAGCUGCAGAGAUUUGAACCAGGCAAGUUUGUCCUGUACCCUGCUCCUCCCUGCUGAGCGCUGCUCCUGCACUCUGACGGCCUCCAACUCUGUCGGGACCUCGCCAGAAGCCCAGAUACGGUUCCUUGGAGCGACUGAGACAGAACCGCCUGCCCCGACCCAAAUCACAGCAAGUCCACUGGAUGACAACAACUUAGAUGUCAGCUGGAUGGCUCCAGUUGAUCGAUCUGUGAGCGGCUUUGUCGUGGAGUGGUUUGCUGUCAGAGAGAAAAGCAGCAGCAUCCUACACUGGGAAAGGUUGAAUAGCUCCUGUACAACGCUCGUCAUCACAGAGGGAGUAAAGCCGAUGGAGCGUUAUGCUGUUUCUGUCAGAGCGCUGUAUGGUGAGCGAGUGGCAGGGAAGAAUGGGACACUUCAUAUUUAUACACGACAAGGAGCGCCCUCAGCUGGUCCUACUGUGACGGUGCAGGAGAUCUCUGGCGGGAGAGUGGAGCUCAGCUGGAGUCCUUUGCCUGUGGAGCAGCUUCAUGGCUUCCUCCGCAACUACACACUCCACUACACCGCCGCAAACCAAAAAGCCAAGAGCGAUUUUGUGCCUGGUCAUGUGCACCGUUACUCCCUGGGGAACCUGGCGCCUGGUAACUACAACAUCUUCAUGCAGGCCAACACUGACGCUGGAGCCGGAGCAGCUGGGCCCAUCUAUAAAGUGCACAUAGGUUCUGAGGAAAUCUCCAUAGUGAUUCAUGCCGUCCUCCCUCUCAUGCUGACGUUAUUAGCGCUGGUACUGAUAGCCUGCCUGGCACAGAAUGAGAUGGUGAAAAAGAAGCUGUGUCAGUCCAUUCCUGAUCCCUCUAACAGCAGUCUGGCCUACUGGACCCCAAUAACCGCCUUGGAGAGCAUGGAGCAGCAUCCAGUACUAGAGAAGCCUGACAUUAAAUACCCUGAAGUUAUUUUGCUUGGUGAAAGUGAGCUGCAGAUCUCUGACCUGGAUCAGGCCUUUGACCUCCAAACAUAUUCCUGUCAUGAGUACUCUCCACUCCCACUUUCAGAGCCUCAGACGCCUCAGAGUAGCAGAAUAUCAGAGAACAGGAACCCAAUCAGAUCCAAGACAACCUCCGGAACCGACCUCUCCUCCUGCCCAUACUCCAGCAUCGUCUUCUCACAGACUCACAAAAAUCCUCCAUCACCGGUCCUGUUACCUACUUGUCAACAGUUCAACGACCGGCAGCACCGCAUUGUCGGCAUCAGUGACGUCGAGCUGCAGCUAGGUGGAGACGCUGAGGCGUUUGAAGGCAGGAGGGCAGGAGCACCACAAGAGGGCAGGAGCACCACAAAACUGGAUUCACCUCUUUCUCCAGCAGAUGAACUGAAAACCUUUCCUCUUUGUCUGAAAAAGCAUCAAAGCCUCAUUUCCCUCCAUGACUUCAGCAGCAUCUCUCCAUCCUCUGUCUUACUUUCUCGCACUGCUGAGCCCCCUUCACCCAAACACCUUUUUCUUCAAAGCAACUUAAACUCGCUGCUCCAGCCCGACACCGUCACUCACCCCAAUGCUCCAUCUGACGAUUUUACGUCUUUUAAUCCUCAUAUUUUCGUGGAUUUCUCCUACUGUCCUGUGGGGUGUGACCCUCACAGUUAGUUAGUUAGUUAGUUAGUUAGUUAGUUAGUUAGUUAGUUAGUUAGUUAGUUAGUUAGUUAAUUACUUAGUUAGUUUAGUUUCAACUUUCAAUAAAUAUACUCACCUCCUUUGACUCAUGGAAAAUUCCAUAAUUUUUUUGGACAAUUUUGAAUCACAGUGGAUUGUUUAUCAGAAACAGCUUUUGUAUUUUAUUUUUAAAUUAUUUUAGAUGAAUCUAAUUUAUAGAUUUUUUUUUUUUUUUUUUUUUUUUUUUUGAUGGUCUGCAUAAACAGAAAAAGUUAACGUCGCUGAAAUCCAUGUAAUUUAGCAGAAACUUUGAAUUAAUAAUUCAUAUUUUAGAUGUUGUUUGUUUAAUUGGUUCAAACAAACAAACAAAAAAAAACAUUAAAAACAAAACAAAUGUAAAAAUGACACAUUAUCUUAUCUUCGGACAAACCCAGGCGAGUUGUUAUGCUAAGCUAAUGAGCAGCUGGUUGUAGCCACAUGAGGGUGGUAUUAACCGUCUGAUUCUCAGCAAGAAAGUCAAUUACAGUCAUUAUAUUUUUAUAUGUCUUUGAUUGAUUAUGAAAGUUUCAUUGUGUGUUUUUGACAUUGCACUUCAUAUACUGUAUGUCUGAGCCCUAACUUGGAAUCCAAGGAAUGUAAAUACCACGGAACACAGGCUGCAACAUUUUCUUUUGCACACACUGUAUACACAGAUGUUUGAGAUGCCUGUUUUAUUUUUUUCUUUCAGGGCAACUUUAUUUUUGAAUGUGCUAUUGUACAGUUAAAAGCAAUCUAAGACGUACAUGAAAGCUUUAGAUUUGAGAUGUCUGGGAUUGUUGUGUGUGUGUGUGUGUGUGUGUGAAUUUUUACCAGUUUAAAUUAGAUUGCAUGGCAGUUAACAGCAUUUCUUGUCCUUGUUUAUACUUAAUAUCCAUUAUUUACUUUUUGGUCAGUGGCAGCUGCUUCUCCUCACUGAUGCAGUUUAUUAUGAAUCUUGCCCUUGACACGUUACAUCAUUUUUCCAUUAUGUAUUUGCAGUUUGGACAGGGACUUUCUGGCCUCUUUAGAGUUCUGUCAGUUGGCUCAUGUACCUUUUGAAAACUCACAUACCUCAGAUUCAGACUUCUCUUAUAGCUAAAAUGCUGCUAACUGGAAUUCAGUCUUACAAACCUUUGUAGCAGUUCUUUUUAACUAUGAUCACAUCAAAGCUGAAGCGCUAAUCAGUUGUCACUUUAUUUGUCUGAGCAUUAAUAUAUGCACUUGAAUGCACAAGAAACCAUUUUAACAUUAAAAGUACAUAUGCUGGG